AGAGAGAGAGAGAGAGAGAGAGAGCAGGCAGGCAGGCGCGUCACAAGCUCGUGGGGGAAAUCAAGAGUGCGAAAACGGCUCGUGGACACAAUGGAUUUGCGAACGGAAGGACUUUUCGUUUAUUAAAGGACAGGGUCUUCCAUGAGCACGAGAAACAAGGCUGCCGCUUCUUAUUCAUGCAACAAGGAGGAGAAGCAUAGGGCUAUGCUGUUUCUGCUCAUCUUUACUGCUGUUUGAUUAACCAUGAUGAAGACUGAACCCCCAUCUGCAUCCAGCGGCAGCGCCAGCACCACUCUCGUAGCAAGAAGCGCAUCGCCGCACAGAAAUGCCUAUGAAGCUGGAAUUCAAUCUCUAAAGCCAGUAAAAGAUUCCAGUGCUGCUAACGGGGAGGAUGGGAAACCUCGACCACAGGGCCGGGGCCGCAGGUACGGCUCCAAUGUGCACCGCAUCAAGAAUAUGUUCAUGCAGAUGGGUUCUCCUGGGGAUGAAGAGGAUCCGUCGAAGGCCAAAGACCAGUCCAUCCGACUCUCCCUCCCCAGAGCGAGCAGUCUGAAUGAGAAUGUGGAUCACAGUGCGCUGCUCAAACUCGGCGGGACUGUGUCAGAGCGAGUUAGCCGCUUCGAUGGAAAGAUAGACGGUAGCAGCUCCCGUGGACCAAGCUCAGGCUUCUCCAAGCUACAGGAGACACGGAAGAUAUUUGAGCAGCGUCACCUGCAGGAGAAGCAGGCUGCGACUAAUCGAAUCCUGUUGAAGAAAGAGCGGGCGUCAGGGUUUCAAGACAGCCGUUUGGAUGUGGUGGUGCGCUUCAACGGCAGCACGGAGUCAUUGGACAGACUGGACGCGGCGGACUGUCGCGCAGAGGCAGUGUCCCCUACAGUCAGCCAGUUGAGCGCAGUGUUUGAACGAGGAGACCAGCACAACAACCUUCACCGACCGUCCUCAACCUCCCCACUGCCUUCUGACGGGGUAGACUCGACCCCGGGCAAGGUGGGAGGAAUCAGCUCCAAAAUUGUCACUAGAAAGGGACGAGUCUCCCCUCCGACAGAGAAUCAAGAAGAGGGAGAGCAAAAGGCUGCACCUGGGAGUCCGAAGAGUAGAACAAGCAUCCAAGCUGAUGGACCCAAAAGCAAAUCAUCCGAGGAUGUGGCUUCUGGCAAUGCUGGUACGCAUUUCAAUACAUCCAGGUCAGAAGAGAUCCAUAAUGCAUCGGGCAAGCAUUUCAAACCAGAGGAGCAUGCAGCACCAGGAGCACCGGAUGCAGGGAGCAGACUGGUACAGGCGGAUGUCCACGCCUCUCUGGAAAAUGGGGAGGCCACCAGCAGCCAUGAGCUCUCAGAACAAAAGGAGGAAAUUGGACAGGCCUGCGCUGAGGAGGAAUCCCACAGAGAGGAUAUCUCAGAAGCAGACCUGGUGGACAUCAGCGCAUACAGCGGGAUCGGAGAGGACUCUGGUGGUAGUCAGCUGGAUGAAGAUGAGGAGGCUGAGGACGAUGUGGCUUACGAACCAGAAUCCAGCAGUUCGGAAAUCCCUGGGCUGCCUUUAGAAGAUGAACCACCCCCCAGCAGGAAGAUUCGUUUCAGUACAAACCCCAUCAAGGUUUUCACCACGUACUCGAACGAGGACUACGACAGGCGUAAUGAUGAGGUUGACCCCAUGGCGGCUUCGGCCGAGUAUGAACUGGAGAAGAGGGUGGAGAGACUGGACCUUUUCCCCGUCGAGCUGGAGAAAGAUAAAGACGGAUUGGGAAUCAGCAUCAUCGGGAUGGGUGCCGGCGCGGACAUGGGCCUGGAAAAACUGGGAAUCUUUGUCAAGACAGUGACGGAAGGAGGAGCCGCCCACCGAGACGGACGGAUCCUGGUGAAUGACCUGAUCGUGGAGGUGGAUGGAACCAGUCUGGUGGGCGUGACCCAGAAUUUUGCUGCAACGGUCCUGAGGAACACCAGCGGCACUGUCAAGUUUGUGAUUGGCCGGGAGAAGCCGGGGGAACAGAGUGAGGUGGCCCAGCUGAUCCAGCAGACCCUGGAGCAGGAGAAAUGGCAGAGAGAAAUGAUGGAGCAACGCUACAACCCCUACAUGGAAGAGGACGAAGAGACGGGCGAAUAUGCCACCGAUGAAGAAGAAGAGACGAGCCCCAUGUUUCCUAACGCCAUCGAGGUGUUUGACCUGGCAGAGAAUGAAGACAUGCUCUCUCCUGUGGAGAUGGACCCAGAGAAACUUGCACACAAGUUUAAGGAGCUCCAGAUAAAACAUGCUGUGACCCAGGCUGAGAUCCAGCAGCUCAAGAGGAAGCUGGCUCACGCUGAGCAGGAUAAGCUGCGCUGGCGGAUGGAGAGGGCUCAGCUGGAGCAGACGGUGAGAGAGAAUAAGGAGCGGAUGGAGAAGUUGGAGGGCUAUUGGAUGGAGGCUCAGAGCUUGUGCCAGGCGGUGGACGAGCACCUGAAAGAGACGCAGGCGCAGUACCAAGCACUGGAGCGCAAGUACAGCAAAGCCAAGCGCCUCAUCAAAGAGUAUCAGCAGAAAGAGAUUGAGUAUUUGAAGAAGGAGACGGCCCAGCGCAGAGCACAAGAGGAGUCAGAGGCCACCUACAAGGUGGAGACAGAAAACCUCCAGGAGAAGAUUACAGACUUGGAGUCAAAGGUUGGUGCUCUGAAGAGCUUGGAGCCGUCGUAAACCUUCCGCUGUGGAAAUGACGGAGAGAACGACAGAAACGCCUUGAACUCCGCCCACUCUACCCUCCGACCACAUUUUCCCUCCAUGACCUGAAGAGCCUGAUGAACUACAGGAAACAUGCUGAGGGGAUGUUACCGGGGACAAAGAGGGGACAAAACAAACACUGUACCAGACGCCUGACAGACGUCAAGCCAUCAGGAGGCCCUUUUUAUAGUCAUUUAGUCAUCUUCAUUUCUUUUUAAGCGCCCUUAAAGUUAUUAUGAGCCUCUCUGCUCUCGGCAGGAAUGUAGAACCUCUUGGUUAAUAAAUGUUCACUCACAUGCUUGCAGGAGAAAAAUGAAACGGUUGCUGGACAAAGAUGGCAUACCCACAGUGUAGGAUCAGAGCGAGAGGCGGCCUGUAAAGCAGUGACUGACAAGAGGACUGUUUGUACAUAUUCUGGCAUAUAUUUAAAUAUUAAAAUCGCUUAAGUAAUGUGCUGGGGGGAGGAGAAAGGGUAAGGGCUUUUUUCACAUCUAAGCAAAUAAUACAGUGAAAAUUUUUGCAUGACGAAAGGUGGAAUACAUUUUUUUUUUAGGACAAAAUUGGAAAACAUGGUGUGAAGAGUGUAAUCUUGACAUUUACAGUUAGCGUUCAGGGGCUCCUCAUGUUUGCUUUCUUUGUAAAUGGAAGUGUAGAAUGAGUAGGGGUUUAUGGGUGGUGAUGUCUUCACAGGAGAAACAUCACUCUGUGCUUUAACUUCUGUGCUUGUGGUUAGUUGGUGCGGUGCUCAUGUGCCUCGGUCAGCCCUGCAGCGUCGUCUGACUCUCUUUUGUAACAGAGUAAGACUUCUGCAUCAAUCAGAAAUAUGGCCUUGUUUUAUUGCUACCCAAAACCUUUGACCAGCCCUCUCUGUUUAAGCAGACUCGUCGUGUGUUUACUCCGAUGUAAGUGCACUCAGAUUGCAGGAGAAUCCUAAAGUCGUAUGCCUCCUCUCUCCUGAUAGAUUGAUUCAGUAUUAUCGUUCCAUAUACUAUGAUGUGGAAUCUUCUUUUAGUUGGAUCUUUUGUCUUUGUUAUUUUGUCUUAAAUGUGUUUGUACUCCUGGGAAAACUGGAAUUUUGACACGGCAAUUGAAGGAAUUUGAGAGUUUAAUUAUAUGGUUUUAAGUUGGCAUGUUAGAGAUACUGAGGACAGAAGCAGGAAUUAGGUGUUAAACUUCCAUAAAACCACUUUUGGGGGGCCUUUCACACUGAACCAACGUUUUUCCCCCAUUCCACAAAAAAAAGUUUUGAGACACGUCCACUAAAAACAAGACACCUUCUUUUUUUUAAGUUGAACUUAUUUGUAACUGGAGCAAAAUGCAGUUACAUGCGCAAGAUGCUGCAAAAGCCACAAGACGCCAACGCAAAGGUCAACCACGUCCAUCUAGCACGUGUUUACACAGAAAAACAACUGAAAAGUAGAGCGGUGAAAAAGAAAAGCGUUUUGUUUGAACCACCCCCGCUUAAAUGUAAGGAUUGGUUCACACAGAAUACGUUUUGCAUUCUACUGCGUUGCUUUUUUGUUGUUUUUCUCGCAAAACAUAUGAUCUUCACGUUUGUAAGACACUGUCAAGUGUCAACCCUGCGUUCUUUUCUUCUUCAUUAGUUAAACUGCGUCUCGAGUUUUUAAACGUGAACGGUCCCCAAUCUGUGGAGUGCAGAUUAUUUUCUUUAGUUCAAUCGGAUAGUUGUGUCCUAUUUUUACUAUUGGGCUUCUCACGUCAACCAUAUUAAUGAAAGACAAUCGAGUUGGUUUUUCAAAUGCCAAAAAACUCUUAUUCCCAGCUUAGUAUUGAAAACCUUAAAGAGUAUUGUAGUUCUUCCCAUUACCCUCCGUAAAGUAUUUGUCGUUCGGCUUUUUAUGAACUGUUCUCAUUUCAUGUGACUGUUCAUGAAGUUUUAGUAUUUUUUUAUAUAUAUAUAUACUUAAGUAUUUUUCUGUUUUACAUUGGUUGAUUGAGCGUCAUGUUGAUCAAACAACAGGGUAACACUGAGAACACAAACGAUGCUGCAGAGUUUUGUGCAACAAUUGGUGGGAACCAAUUAACCUAUAUGAACUUCAAUCAUCCUAAACCACAAUUAGACUGAGUUUAUGUCUGACUUUCCUUGUCGUAGUCGCCUAAAAUAAUUUUUCAAGCAAGCGAGAACAAGCACUGACUGGAAAUGAUAUUCUCGCUCUAUUAAAUAUGGGACUAUUUUCUCUUAGUGCUCUUAGUUUGUUGACUCUUUAACCCUAACUAGACACCUGUUAUCUAGCAGCCAAGUGCAGAAUGGUGUUUGAGAAAUUGAAAUGAUUCCGCAAUGAUUAAUGCAGCAGUAAAUGUAUAUAAUAAAGCCAUAUUGAGGGAUUUUUUUUUUCUUUUUAUUUGCACAAUGUCAAGGAAUCCCAUCCGUAAGAAAGCCCACUGGCUUGACAAGGACCUUAGCAGAGAUAUCCGAAUAAAAGGGUCUUAUUUGCUGUGUAUAGUUCAGUUUACUGUGAGCCUCUGUUAUCUGAAAUGUAAUAUUGUAAUGUGCUGACCAGUACACGACGACCAUGUGUAUGGAUGUCCAGACAGUGCCACAGUUAAAACAUUUCUUAUCCCAGUGCGUCACACUGUAGAAACGAACAAACUGAGUUAUGGAGGUAAGGGACACUUUGGAUCUUAUAAACGCUUUUAAAUUUUCACAUUUUAGCUUAGCUUAGCUUAGCUGCUGCCUUUAAUGAAAUGAAUUUGCUUCCAUGUACAGGAAAGAGCUCUGUGUUUCUCUCCUCAUUUGCUGGUGUAAUAGUUGUUCCUCUUUAUUUCUGAUGUCCUACAGUGUACUUCAGUCUAAUAAUAAGAUGAGUACAGAUAACAUGUUGAAAGAUGUUACGUUGCAGUGUCGUUAAACAAGCAGCGACUUGCUUGGAAAUAUAUUGGAGGAAAACAAGUGUCUACAAAUGCCACAAUUUUGUAAUUGCUGUAAUUAUGACACUGGCACAUUUGUCUGACACCUAACAUAAAGCAGGAACGCUGUAUUAAAAACAAUUUAAUAGUUGUUUUACGAACUCGACUCCAUUUCCUCUGUUCUGCUUUGGUUCCUCUUUUUCUUGUUUUUUUAUUUUUCUUUUUUUUUUACCCCUGCCAUGUAAAUCGCUACAUGAACCAGAGGAAGAUGUUCUCCAUUUGAAAUAAGCGUCAUCAUGAUUAAUAAUUGAAUAAGUACUGUCAUAAUAAAUGCAGAAGUGUGCUGA